GCUGAAACCAGUACCGAUACAACUACUUAAGAAAAGGUAGUAUUGUAAACUAAAACCACAACAACAUUAAACACAACUGAAGGGUCUCUCUGCGAUGGUUUCCCUAUCAACUUGGUUCCGAUACAUAGCUCACAAGCUCGAGUACUCCGUCUCUCUUACCUGGAAGAGCUAUCAAAGAGGUCAAAUUACCGACAGAGAAAUGGGUGACGCUGUUUGGAAGAAUCUAUUUCAGGGAAAGUUGACAUACUUGCACUGGAAUAAGGGAGAGGAAAUGGCCCCUACUAUAGGUCCACAAGGGGGAACUCUUCUGGUCCGGAAAUUACCAGCUGCAGAUCCCACGCGUGUUUUUGUUGGAGAUGUGGUGGUGGUGAAGGACCCCCAGAAAUCAGAUGACUAUCUAGUCAGAAGAUUGGCUGCUAUUGAAGGGUACGAAAUGGUCUCUAAGGAUGAAAAAGAUGAGCCUUUUAUUCUUGACAAGGAUGAGUGCUGGGUCUUGGCUGACAAUGAGAACUUAAAGCCCAAGGAAGCCAAGGACAGUCGAACGUUUGGUCCAGUUCCCAUGACAGAUAUUGUUGGUAGAGUACUAUAUUGCCUGCGAACAGCUGUGGAUCAUGGCCCUGUGCAGAAUAGUCAUUUCAGUAUGAAAAAGGAUUCACCAGUGUUAGAAGUCGAACUUGAUGUUGAUGAGAUGGCAAAAAAUCACAAAGCCUAAAUGUGCCCACAGAAAGCAUUGACUUGGUUUGUGUGCUAAUUGGGUAAUCUGGUCUUUCUUCCCUACUCAGCAUAUGAAGCGGCCUGUACCGAAUUUUGAGUUUCAGCUGUAUUUAAAUUUGCAUUGGAACAGUAUUCUAGUCUUAAAAUCUAGCCAAAAGGAAUCAAUCUUGUUGCUGUUCUGGAUGCUUAUAUUGGGACACACUUCGAUUGCAUUUAGUUGCCUGUGAGCUUGCUGUUGUCAAGUGUUGGAAGAAUAACAUCUGAUUCCGAAAACUGUUCCUAUUUUUCACCCCACCUGCUGGCCAUACUUUGGCAUGUUUUAACAUGCGCUUUUUAUGCUCCAAAAUUACUAUGAUACUCUUCUUGAGAGGUUCAGUUUUUCACUUCUGUUAUUGCUCUGCUAUAAGAUGUAAUACCCUAAUCACUGCUCUAAUGGCUCUGUUGGUCAAUCUAUUUCAAAAACAUGCUUUA